UUCAUGUGUGUGUGUGUGUGUGUGUGUGUGUGUGUGUGUGUGUUCAUGUGUGUGUGUGUGUUUCAGGAGCCCUGCUGAAAGCCGUGUGUGUGUGCAGCGGUCUGGUGUCUCUCUCCUCCCAGCAUCCUCUGGGGGAUCAGCUGAUGCGGCGGUGGGGCGGGGGGGUGGAGCUCCACAGCUGGUCGUCGUUGCCGACAGGAUCGGGUCUGGGUGAGCGAUUGUCUGAACUUGGUGCGAGGAGGUCAAAGGUCAAUUAUUUGACCAGGUUGUCAAAUCUCUCCUCCUGCAGGUACCAGCAGCAUCCUGGCGGGGGCGCUGCUGGCUGCGGUGUACAGGUGUACGGGUCAAACCUAUACCACAGACUCGCUGAUCCACGCCGUCCUCUACCUGGAGCAGAUUUUAACCACAGGUGAGUCACAGGUGAGUCAGUUUUUGUUGAGAGACAAAAAACAGCUGGUUUAAGCUCCUCCCCCUUUCUCCUCCCACAGGUGGAGGCUGGCAAGAUCAGGUCGGAGGUCUGGUAGGCGGGGUCAAGGUGGGUCGUUCCAGAGCGUCCCUCCCCCUGCAGGUAGAGGUGGAACGUCUUCAUCCUCCUCAGGACUUCCUGGUCUCUCUGGAGCAGCACCUCCUGCUGGUGUACACGGGAAAAACACGGCUGGCCCGCAACCUGCUGCAGGUAAGAGAGUGUGUGUGUGUGUGUGAGAGAUGAUAAAGAUGAAGAUGAUGAUGAAGAUGAUGAUAAGAAUAUGAAUAAUGAUGAUGAUGAUAAUAAUGAUCAAUAAUAUUAGGAUGAUGUUAUAAUAAUAUAGUAUAGAAAAUGGAGAUAGUGAAAAUAAUGAUCUUAAAGAUGAUCAUAAAGAUGAUGAUGAUGAUGAUGAAGAUGAUGAUAAAAAUGAUAUUGAUGAUGAUGAAGAUGAUGUUGAUGACAAUGAUUAUGAUAAUAAUUAUAAUGGAGAUGAUCAUAAAGAUGAUUUUGAUGAUGAUAAUGAUGAAAAUAAUGAUAAUGAAGACAAAGAUGAAGAUGAUAAUGUAGAUGAAGACGAUGAUGAAUAUGAUGAUAAUGAUGAAGAUGAGGAUGAUGAUAAUAAUGAUGAUUAAUAUUAGGAUGAUGUUAUAAUAAUAUAGUAUAGAAAAUGAAGAUAGUGAAGAUAAUGAUCUUAAAGAUGAUAAUAAAGAUGAUGAUGAUGAAGAUGAUGAUAAAAAUGAUAUUGAUGAUGAUGAAGAUGAUGAUGAAGAUGAUGAUAAAAAUGAUAUUGAUGAUGAUGAAGAUGAUGAUGAAGAUGAUGAUAAAAAUGAUAUUGAUGAUGAUGAAGAUGAUGUUGAUGACAAUGAUUAUAAUAAUAAUAAUAAUCGAGAUAAUUAUGACAUUGAUAAUGAUUAUGAAGAUAAUAGAGAUGAUAAUGAUGAUGAUGAAGAUGAUAAUAAGGAUGAUGAGGAUCUUGAUGAAGAUGACGAUGAAGAUGAUGUUCAAUAUUAGGAUGAUGUUAUAAUAAUAUAGUAUAGAAAAUGAAGAUAGUGAUGAUAAUGAUCUUAAAGAUGAUAAUAAAGAUGAUGAUGAAGAUGGUGAUGAAGAUGAUAAUUAUGAUAAUAAUUGUAAUGGAGAUGAUCAUAAAGAUGAUUUUGAUGAUGAUGAUGAUGAAAAUAAUGAUAAUGAAGACAAAGAUGAAGAUGAUAAUGUAGAUGAAGACGAUGAUGAAUAUGAUGAUAAUGAUGAUGAUGAAGAUGAGGAUGAUGAAGAUGAUGAUAAAAAUGAUAUUGAUGACGAUGAAGAUGAUGUUUAUGACAAUGAUUAUAAUAAUAAUUAUAAUGGAGAUAAUUAUGACAUUGAUAAUGAUGAUGAAGAUAAUAGAGAUAAUAAAGAUGAUGAUGAAGAUGAUAAUGAGGAUGAUGAGGAUCUUGAUGAAGAUGAUGAUGAUCAUAAAGAUGAUUUUGAUGAACAUGAUAAUAUGAUGAUGAUGAUGAAAACAAAAAUGAUAAUGAAGACAAAGAUGAUGAUAAUGAUGAUGAAUAUGAUGAUAAUAAUGACCAAGAUGAUGAAGAUGAUAAUGACAGUAAUGACGAAGAUGAUGAUGAAGAUGAUAAUUAUGAAGAUAAUGUUGAUGAUGAAGAUGAUGAUGACGUGUGUCCGUCUCUGCAGGAUGUGGUCCGGAGUUGGUACAGUCGUCUCCCUGCGAUGGUCCAGAACGCUCAGCAGCUGGUGUUGAAUUCAGAGGAGUGCGCUGGAGCGUGCUCAGAUGGUGAGAGCGUUCAUCGGAGGGAGUGAGGGAGUGAGGGAGUGAGGGAGUGAGGGAGUGAGUGACUGAGGGAGUGAGGGAGUGAGGGAGUGAGGGAGUGAGGGAGUGAGGGAGCUUUAAUCCAUCAGUUUCCUUGAAUGUUACUUUAUUUGUUUUUGCAAUUUUUUUAACUUCAUCUUAAAUUUUUCCUCAUUUUUGACUUUGACUGAAUUUUAAUUGAAAUGUUUGUGGUUUAAAUGAGAUUUUGGUAAAAGUUUAUUUAAGUUUUUAAAGUUCAGUGAAAGAUUCUUCAAAAACUUUCCAUGUGAAGAUUUUAUUUAUUAUUUUUUUUCACAGCAGAAAAAAAUAUAAAACUGUUAAAAGGUUUUAAAUCAGAGUGACUUUUACCGUUUGUUCGGGUUUUAUCCAGAUUCUUGUUUUUAAAAAAAGAGUCCGUCCUCCUCUGGAACAGGAUAAAUAUGAACCUCUAUAAGACAGACUCCGGGGUCCAGGUCUUCAGUUCUUCAUUCAGAGUCCAUGAAGUUCUGCUAGUUUCGUGUCACACCGUCGUUUUCCUCUUUUCUCCGAUGUUCGUGUUUCUGCUCGUGAUGAGAGACUUGGUCCAGAACUUUCUGGUUUUUUUAAAGUCGCUUUUUCACAAUCAGGAUCUCCACUCACAUCCUACAUUUCCCAGAAUCCCCCUGUGAGAGGUCUGACAGAGUUCUGACCUGCCCCCCUCAGGUUCUCUGUCCAGACUUGGCGCCUGUCUGGACCGGUCCUGGCAGCAGAAGAAGCUGAUGGCCCCCGGCUGUGAACCCGCCUCGGUCAGGGCCAUGAUGGAGGUUCUGAGGCCGCUGGUUCUGGGUCAGAGUCUGGCCGGGGCUGGAGGAGGCGGCUUCCUCUACCUGCUGACCCGGGAACCUCUGCAGCAGGAGGCGGUGCUUCAGAUCCUCGACGACACGCCGGUGAGCAUGCUCAGAUGGGUUCCGGAUGGUUCUGGUCCAAACCGGUCUGUUUCUCAGUGAAGGUUCAUCAUCCGGUCCAGUUUCUGAUCCUCUGUGCCGGUCUUUGUGUCUUUCAGGGUCUCGGAGACUUCAGUGUUCACUCAGUCCAGAUCGACAUGGACGGGAUUCACGUCUCGUCACCAACCUGAGGACCCACACACACACACACACACGUUUGUCUCUCUAUUCCUGUGAGGACCCUGAGACAGAGUCUGUCCCGGAUCAGACGGUUCUGACUCAGUCCAGACUUUGUUUGUCAUCGUUUCUUAGGAGGUCAAAGUCUAAAAACAAAGGACCAGGACUUUGAACGAGGACCGCAAACAUCCUGGAGUUCUUCAAGCGUUCGGAGAAGAUCCAGAGUCCGAAUUUAAACUCUGAUCAUGAAACAUCGUCAGUGUCCGAUAUCUUUGAUUAAAGAGUUCAUCUGCUGACAACACCAGAGCUUCACUGCUUUUCUUUAUCAGCUCCAGAGUCACAGUCGUCCAGAGUCCCCCAGGAGGUUUCAGAGACCCCUCAAGGUUCAUCCAUGUAGAUCCAGGACCUGCUACCUGCCCGCAGCGCCAAAACUCCGCCCACUUUAUCAAACUGUUGAAGUCCGAGGUUUCAGAAGUUUGAGUUCAGUGACUCUGAGUUACUUCCUCUUGAGUAUUUAUGCUGCUGUUGUAGGGCUGCACGAUAAAUCAUUUCAUCAUCGUCACGGCGAUGUCAGUGUGCGUGAUAGUCACAUGUCAGAGGUGAAUGAACUCGUCUAAUUUCAAGAGCAGCUGACUGACAGACACUGACAUGUGACUCUGCGUGUGCAGCGAUCCACCAAUCACAUUCGUUCUUUACUCAGCUGCCAAUCAGACUAACCUGCCAGCCGUCAAUCAAAAUCAGAGAGGAGGAAACCACGCCCCUGCACAUGGAGCGAGUCGCGGGCGCUGUCGGUGUUGUUCCGAGAAACGCCAAGAAGGACUUUGGGAACAUUCCUCACCUCUGAUACGAUUGUCAGGCGCGUCAAAACUCGCCUCUGAAUAUUUCGUAAUUUCACGUUGUAUUUUUGCGUCGGUCCUGGUGUGUGAGGACCUAAAGACAGACUGAAGACAGUCUACUAACGUUCACAUGAAGAGGGAAGAUCAGAGCAGGUUAACUGUCCUCAAGACUUCAGCAGAAACUCAGAUUCAGAUCAUCGGAGGAAAAUUCCUGUUUUUUAAAGGGGACCUGCCAUCAAAAUUUAAUUUUGUGGUUUUUUUGUGUCAGAUAAGGUCCAUAUUAUGUUCGUCUUAUGUUGUACAUGUGAAAACAAACCGUUACUUCGUUUUCAUUCUGUAAAGGUUAAAAAUAAAGGAACGAGUAAACCAGGCCAAUUGAAAAAGCCCGUCGGUGUUACGUUGCGCUGACCUUGCUCAUUAUUAUUCACGAGCGCGUCCCCGGUGAGCCGCGCCCACUCUCUCGUUCUCGUACUCAGUCACAGUCAGAGCGAGACCCAGCUACCGCUGUAUCCGCUAUGGGUCUCUUCCAAACGACCGGUGUUUCCUUCGGUUCACUGCCGGGAAAAUGAACUUAAAGCCGGGCAGAAUGAAUGAGAAACACCGCUGGAGAUCUCCGGCUUCUUCUUCAACUUCCACCUCCUCUUCGGACUCGGGGUCUAAAAUAUAUGGUUUAAUACCUGCCGUUUUUAGCCUUUAGCAUCAGGUGACCAGACGUCCCCGAUUUCCGGGGACAGUCCCCGUAUUGGAUGAUCUGUCCCCGGCAAAAGCUGUCCCCGAAAAUGUCCCUGAUUUAAGCGUUUCAUUAAUGAGAGCAGAAAUGUUGCGUGUGGGCUCGAACAACGGUUAUUACAGUAGCCGAAUUUAGUUAGCAGUCCUGAACAACAGUUCUUACAGGGGUUAUUACAAGGGGCAUGUGCUGAUACUAAAGAGUACCGAGACUUUGUCUGUGAUCACACAGACCCUGCAGCCCC